UAUAGGUCCCCGGAGGACAUCGUGCUGUCGAAGGCUAGUGAAGAAAGCAAAAUCUCCGUGUGUGGAAGAGAGUCUCGUCUUUGCGGCUCCCCGCGAUCAGCAGCUGGAGCGGAGCUCAGCAUGACAAGCGGACCUUGGCGGGACGCGCGGGCGCUCUGAGGCUACCUACCAGAGGAAGCUGUGCACCCGGAGCCCGUGGAAGUUUCAGUGUAGAAAGGGAGGAGUGAUUCAAUCUGGACGCCGCGGGUGAUGGGAGCCGACCGACAGCUGCCGGCUAUCGGAUUAUAUUCUUGGAAUUUUUUGGAAGCGUUUUUGGCAACGAUGGCAAAUAAAAACAGCAAGACUGGCAGGGACUUGAAGUGAGAUCCCCGACAGGUGCAGGGUUUGUGCCACCCAGUCCACCAGGGCGAAGAGCAGCGCACAGACUCACCGCUGCAGCUUCCCAUCUCCCGGGACGGCUUCACUUGGGACUGCCUAAUGCUCUCAGAGUAACCGAACAGCUCCAGAUAAGAGGAUGAGUGAGAGGGACGUGCAGGGCAUGUGCAGAAGACUGCUCCUCCUCACCUUCUGCCUAAUCACGCUGUGGGGGAGGCUGACACUCGCAUCGUCUCAAAGAAGUCAUGCAGUUCACGUUAAAGCUGGAACCUGUGAGGUCAUCGCUGCCCACAGAUGCUGCAACAAAAACAAAAUCGAAGAGCGAUCUCAGACUGUCAAAUGUUCCUGCUUUCCUGGACAGGUGGCAGGGACGACGAGAGCUGCACCCUCCUGUGUUGACGCCUCGAUAGUUGUUCAGAAGUGGUGGUGUCAAAUGCAGCCCUGCCUUGAUGGGGAGGAGUGUAAAGUGUUACCAGAUCUCACGGGAUGGAGCUGCAGCACAGGGAAUAAAGUCAAGACAACUAAGGUCACACGAUAGAUGUACUUCAGACAAAAGAAGCGACCAAGGAGCCCAACACCACCUGACCAACGGAAUGGAACCAUUCAGCACCUUAAACCAGCCUUGCCUCUGGCAGAUGUUGUGUGGAAUAAAGGAAGCAAAUAAAGAAAAAAAGAAACUACUAAAAGAGAAAAACAUGGAACUUGUGUACCCGUGGGUUUACAAAUGUGCCCCAGGGCCCCCUGUCUGAAAUACACUUUUACAUACACUGUUCUUCUUGGACAACUGCGUGGCAAGGCUUAUUUGAAACCUUGAUGCUGGUGAACACAGACUUGGUGCUCCAAAUGGGACGACUUUUGAAAACUGAGAUGGCCUUGUGGUGGCUGCCGAGCUGAACACUUGGUCUGGAACCCUUUGCUCUCCUUUUCUACGCCACCCAUUUUUCCUUUUGGAUUUUUCUUUUCUGCUGUAACAUGUUUGUGAAUUACUUUUCAAUAAAUGUUGUCAAUUUGGGUAC